GAUAACCCAGUUCAUCCUAUUCUGAGGCCCACUAGGGAUCUCUCUGGUAUCCGAAAAAUGGCUAUUCCGAGGUUGGCUGAAGGGAAAGAAGCAGUGCACUCCGCUCGAGCUCACCGUCGCCACGUUAGUCGAGCUUGCGAAUCAUGCAGGCAGAGGAAAACAAAAUGCACGGGGGACCGGUCUGGCUGCCGCAACUGCAAGGACUCUGGCAUCAUCUGUUGCUAUACGGAUGGUAAACGAGAGAAAUCGAAAAGGCAAAUGGCUAGCUUGGAAAACAAGAUAAAUACCUACGAGGACAUCAUACACAAAUUAGGCCUUCGCUUUGGCUUGUCCGAAGAGCAACUGUUGAACUUGGCUUUGGCGGAGGAAGAUCCGUCCGAUUAUGCCUCCUCACACGACGGCUUUUUGAGUCCCAAUCCCGAUCCUCGGAGGCAAAUCUCGGCAUCGGAAGCUAUUGCGCCUUUGUUUUUCCCAGGAUUUGAUAGCAAUCUAGAUCAUAUAGAAAAGGAUUUCAACCGGGAUGAGGCAACGCAAGCUUCUGGCUUUGUUGGGCAAAGCUCAGAAAUAUCUUGGUUACAGACCCUGGCGACAGAGUUGGGAAAUGAAUGCAAUCCCAGCAGCUUCAGUGGAAAGGAGCCACCUCCCGCGACAGCUCCCGGUCACCACACUCGCUUCAUAUCAUUCCCGAACUACCAUCUAGACGCAAUGGAGAUUCCCAUGAUCGAAAACAUCGAUCCGUAUUCAUAUCCAUGCAAGGAUGUUGCUACAAAGCUCUACAAGACAUACCUUGAUUGGGUACACCCCUCGUUUCCGAUAAUUGGCACCGCGUAUUUCGGGGGACAAUUUCAGGCUUUCUUCACAAACCCAUCCUUACAGCCCGGAAGCCGUUGGCUAGCGAUACUCAACCUGAUCUUUGCCAUUGCUGCGAAGUAUGCUUAUAUCUCCGAGGCUGAAUGGCAGAUCGACAAGGAUGCACAUAUUGUGUACUUCCUCAGGGCCAAAGCCCUAGGCUUAGAGCAUCAGCUCCUGGCUUUCCCUGACCUACAGCAGCUCCAGGUUGAAGGUCUAACUUCUCUGUACCUGCUGACGCUGGGUCAUGCGAAUCGCGCUUGGACAUUCUGUGGGAGUGCUAUCCGUGGGGCCUUAGGCCUUGGACUACAUCUACGCAAUCUUGCAGAGGGCAUCUCCGAUACUUCCAAAGAGAUCAGAUAUCGCUUAUGGUGGUCUUUAUAUACGCUUGACCUGCGUCUCAGUAUGAUGACCGGGCGUCCUUCUUUCAUCAACGAUAGCCUUUGUACAACGCCUCUGCCAGUUCCAUUUGAUGAACAGGACUUCGGAAAAGAGGGUGUUAUCUCGCAGCUUAGACGCUCGUAUGAGCGUAGCCCCCUUUCAAGCGAGUCGCCGCCUGUUGCUCAUGCAGAAAUAAGUUUGAGAAGCACGGCGGCCGACAUACCGGCGGAUGCGGAAGAGAACAUCCAUUCUCCCUGCGGGUCAUCAUACUUCGUUCAUUUCGUGCAGUUGACGAUGAUUGCAAAAGAAUCUCUAAGCAAGCUUUACAACCCAAGCACAAUUCGAAAAUCUUGGCAAAGCAUCGAGCUCGCCAUUCGCAGCCUCACGCUCACACUCGACGCGUGGCUCAAAAAUUUGCCCAAGGAAUAUGAUUUUACCGUCACCCAGUCUUCGCAUGUGUCGCAGGCAACCUCGAACCAGAGGCUCAGUCUGGCUCUUCUGUUUCAUAGCACAAAAAUGAGCAUCACACGACCAUGCCUUCGUCGUGUAGCGUCACCCAUUCCGGAGGACAAAGUGCAUGAAUUCGGCCGGAAAGCGGCGGAAGAAUGCGUUGAAUCAGCUUUCCACAUGCUAAGGCUAUUCCCCGAAGACCUGAGAGCUGCAACGCUGUAUACAGUGUCACCUUGGUGGUGUUUAUUGCAUUUCUUGAUGCAAGCGACGGCGGUGCUCGCCCUUGAGCUAGCUUUUCAGGCUCAGCAUGUACGGGACAAAGCGCCCAUGGUAUCUAAUGCUCUUGGCAAAGCGUAUGAAUGGCUGUCUUUGAUGUCAAGAACGCAAAGGGCUCCGGAAAGAGCCCGUGGACUCUGCGAUCAGCUCUUGCAUCAUCUCAAACGAAGGGAAAAUCUCAAGGUCUCAGAGUCUCCCUCCGUGCAGCUGACCAGUCUCGAGUCACCUGUGGAUACCCCCCCUGUCUCAUUGCCAGUAAGAACAAGAGAGAGCUCGGCGGAUUCUGACCCUUCACUUGGUGUAAUGAAAGUCGACGUUCAGGCGUCACCAGUACUGACUGGCGAUAUGAACUACCCGCCAACCCAUCUUCUUGCGGCGGCAGGCGACCUUCUAACGCAGAGUGAAAACUCACUGGGAAUGUCAAGCAAUUACGAAGACAUCUUCCCGUAUGACACAGGCAGUGAUCAGCUGACGGGCUCUUUCUUUCCCAAUGAGUAUGUAAUGGACGUGGAUUCGAGUGGCUUCUACCACUUCUGACCGAUCCAUCCGAUCCUCGACAUCGGUGAAGGUAUGGUUUCAGGGAUCGAGCUUUCAAAAAGCCGUGUUUGUGUCGCUUUUGGUCUUCAUAGCUUGUUUUUGCUUCAGCAUCUGCAAAUGGCUACUUUGUUUUCAGGCAUGUCGAGAGAAAAGCAUGUUCAGAGAAAAGCAUGUCAGUUUCUGGAAUCGGAGAGUGGAUUCCAGUCCGUAAUCUAUCCUUUUUAUGCACCAUAUCCAGCAUCUUGGAGAGAACUG